GCACGAGGCAGCUGCGGUGGAGACGCCGGCGGUGGCAACAACGAUACCGACCGUGCAUCACCAUCGCCCCUCGUUGAGACGCGUAGCGGCCUGCUUCGCUCCCAGCAGCUAGCUGCCAGCAUACGUCGAACCGACAGCUGCAUCCCCAGCCGGUGUGCUAAGGAGGAGGAGGGCGAGCACGUGCUAGCUCCCCCUGAGACGCCAAAGCAGCAGCAGCUGUCGGAGCCGGCGUCUGAGCCCACGGCCGCGCCCGCGCCAUCGUCGCUGGUGCAGCUAUCGAAGAGGCACUUGGCAGCGGCAACGGCGAUUGUGAAGCCAGGGGGCAAGGGUGACACCGACGCGGCGAUCCGGGCGGUUGGUGAGGAGCCUGGGGAGCGGGAGGACGUGAAGCAGCCUGCCGCUGCAUGCAGCGCUGGCAGGGGUUCACCGGUGCCGCCGGCGGAUGGAGCAGUGGUGUUGACUGAGGAGGAGGGCAAGCUGAUGCGGCUGGUGGACCAGGAGCCCGAGGAAUACGCCCUUCUGGACGAGAGCAAGCUGGAGCACAUCAAAUACUACGUAGACCGCAAUGUCGCGCUUCUCAAGACCAGGGACGGGCGCGGUUUCACGCCGCUGCACCUGGCUUGCUAUCGCGGGCGGGUGGACGUUGUCUCACUGCUGCUGAGCUACAAGAAGCACAUGGAGGUGGACGCUGCAACGCCGGAGGGUAUCACGCCGCUCAUGCUGGCAUGCGGCAAGGGCUGCUUGGAGGCGAUUGAGAUGCUGUUGGAGGCGGGCGCAAACAUGGAGUGUGAGACCAAGGAGGGCUGGCGCGCCGCCCAUUUUGCCAGUUUCUCGGGCCACGUUGAGACGGCCAUCGUGCUGCUCAGGAAGCGGGGCGCCAACCUAUCAGCGAGGACACGGGGGGAGCUGUGCGGCAUCCCGGCGGGCUCCACGCCGCACGAAAUCUUCCGCAAGGUCGACGGACACGUGGGCUCAGGCCCAGCAAUACCGGCGGUAAGGGCCUUGGCGGCUGGCAACUGAAGGGGCGCGAAUACGGGCGGCGCCAAGAGGGAGAAGCUGUGGGCUGAUGUGCUGGAAAACAAUUAAGUACAGUAAAGGUGUUUGGAUUUAAGGUACAUAGUAUUAGAAGAUGGCUAGGUCGACCCUUAUAUGGGAGCUACUACGCGUGACCCAUGGGUCAUCCGUUAUGGGGAAGAAGCCUUCGUAUAGCUUUCUAGGCACCGCUCAUAUGCGGCAUUGCACUUCGUGGUUGGGUGCAUGCUAUGCUGACCGCAAACAGCAAUCAAAUGUGCAUGCAAGGCACCAUCCUUGCGUAUUGUGUGGGUGUAGGGGGUGUUCAUGCUUCAAUCACGGUAUAGCUCCACUGCCCGGUCUGCAACCCCCGUGGCCUGGUUUGUUUCGUGAUCGCCCAAGCAAGAUUUGGAGGUGCUUUAAGAAGAUCCCAUCGUCGAUAUCGUACAUGUGUUGCAUGCUGUGUUGCGUGCGAUGAUCCGCACUUUCCUUCGACCCAGUGUAUACUAGGAUGAGUGGUCCAUUAACACGUUAACGGAGCAAACGUGGAUUCUCAUUUGGGACUUGGCUGCCCAAAGUUUGUUGCCCAUGUCACACAUGGCGCAAGGGCAAAGCAGCAUCUUUCGCCGGCUUCAUCAUAUGUGCUAAGACCUACCAACGAAGGGCUACCGUUCGUAUUCCGCCUGCCUGCUUCGUAUGGUACAAGGGAACGACACCUCAUCUUGCUUGGUCCACGGUGUUACGCUUGAUGAGCUGCAAGAGUGUGGGGUGCGCAUAUGUGCUAAUGUGCCUACCUCCGGGUACUCCUUCUGAACUUGUGUCGGCGACGCAAUGUGGCGAUAGAUACCAUACUCGUCUCUUCCCCGUAACUGUAUUUGCAGGGCGGGGCUCGGCCAGUCAGGGCCGCGCCAGUCGGUUUAUUUGUUUCCUACUACGCAGCUUUGCUGUUUGUAUGGCUGUAUGCGUAAACGGCGGGCUGCUUAUUAUGAAUGGGUGCCCC